UACAAUUGCAACACCCAAAGUGACAAGUGCAAACGCGGAGAGUUCACAAAAAAGAAAAAAAAAUAAUAAUUUUAUUCAACAAAAAUGGAUUUCUUUGCCGCUGGCGGCUUCCAGCAACUGUUUAGCGACUUAAAUGACACGCAGUUGCAUGAAAACUGGACGGAUAUCGGCGCGGACGUGGAAAAUGGAACGCCGGUUUACAGUUACAGUUGCUGCGCGCAGCAGAAAAUUGACGAAAGUAUGCGACUCAGCUGCGCGGAUGAUCCUUAUGUGUUUGCGGCAACGCCAUGUGAAAAAACGCUUAUGGAAUUGCAUGUGGAUUGGGAUGAGAGCAUGGCUGAAGCGAAGUAUAAUAUACACGAGGAGCGAAAUAUGCACACAACCUACCCGGAAUACAAGAAAACCAACGAACAACAGCUGCAGCUUUCGCUCGAUCGGUUGCUCAGCUCACCAGCUGAUGUCUUAAUACAUGACACUACGUGUGAUUCACCUGCGUUGCCCACAAACUACGAAACAUUAACAACACAGAGUUGCAGUGAAAUGGAAAACCACAACAACAGCUGCGUAUUCAACACCCCAAGCAGUCCCGUCAGCAUAGAUUCCACAAUUGUGGUGGAAUUCGAGACAGCUGCCUACAUAACACGCGAAAUGGCUGAGUGGGAGGAGAAAUUCUUGGAUAACUACAUCGAGAUACCAGAGCUAAUCGACUUUCUACCUGAGAAGACGCCACUUUGCACUGAUACCUGCGACCACUUUUUGCACGAAAGCUCUAAAAACCUCAAACUGCAUCGCAAAGCAAGAACUGCAAAGCGUAGCAAUGAGUCCAGCAGCCAAGAUGAACGCGCGGCCGCUGGUUAUCCUUGCACUUUUGGCACCUGCGAUAAGAUUUAUGCGAAGCCUGCUCACCUUAAGGCACAUCUGCGUCGCCAUAUGGGCGAAAAGCCCUACACUUGCGAUUGGCCUGCGUGUACCUGGAAGUUUUCACGUUCCGAUGAGUUGGCGCGCCAUCGGCGUUCGCAUUCGGGUGUGAAACCCUACAAGUGCAGCUAUUGUUUGAAAUGUUUUGCGCGUUCCGAUCAUCUGACGAAGCAUCGGAAGGUACACGAGCGGCGUCUGCUAGCAGCGAGUAAGGCUGGUAAGGCGAUCGAUGGUGUGUUGCCGCAUAGUGUGUUAACGGUGCGGCCGGGACGUAAGCGCAAGAAUCAGUUAUGAUAUAAGGAAAAGAAGAGGAGGGAUGGUGAAAGUGUUAGAGUAAUAUUCUAUUUUAAGGACAUGUGAUUAUUUAAAAAGAGUUGUAUUUUGUAUAAGUGCCAUAACUUUAAAAUACUUUUUUAUUGUGUAUUGAAAUAAAUGGUCGGAGUUGGAAGACUCUAUAAAGUAUACCUCAUAUCAAGAAGAAAAAGGGAAAAGAUAAUGAGUCCUGUUAAUUACCGUUUAUCUUAA